AUGGGAUCACCUUCUUUCAUUCAUAAACCGUUUCCUAUUUCACAAAUAACCCCGUCCACUAUUGUGUUGGGCUCUUCUGGGUUCAAGAAUACCACUGCCUCUGCUGAGGAUACGUCCGUUGGAACUGAAGGAUCGAUUAGAACUACCUCGAGCGAUAUAACAGAGGGAUCUCAAGAUUCAUUAUCCGACAGAAACACAGAUAUCUCUUCAUUAUCAUCUACAGAGUCUGCCAGUGGUACACACGCCGAUUCAAAGACGAACGACUUUUUGGCGACCGCUGUUCAAACAAAUAUAGCGAUUAAUAUGGCAUCUUCAGCUACUAUACGUUCCAAUUCACAAGAAAGCGAUCACAACGAGUCAGCUUCUGAAAAUAAUAACGAUGGCAAUAUUCGAAGCACAGCCAAUUCUACUACUCAUUCUGCCGCUAAUUCUUCCCCUGCAUCACCCCUCCCAUCAUCUCCCACUAUAAUGAACACUAUACUAGGACCUGCUACACAGAAAACAUCCAGCACUAUAACAAUACCCUUUUCUGAUACGCAGAUAGAAGCCAGUUCAGUUCUUGUGACCUCGUCUGACCCACCAGAGCGGUGUACUUCUCCACGUCGCGAUAAUGUCGCAAUUGAAAAAAUUGGUCGAGAGAAAGUUCAAGUAUUACGGAAAGAGGCUCAGUUAAUUCAAGAAUCGCUGACGGAUAUUUUAGAGCGUAUUAUUAAAGUCAAAGAAGACUAUGACCGUCUAAGCAAUGAAAACAGGUUUUUGCAAGAUUACAUUGGAAAUCUUAUGAGUACUAGCAAUAUUUUGAAUAAAGCUGGCCAUGCAUAG